AUGUCUACAAACAAGCUCGAGGAAGAAAUGAUUAAUGAGAGUGUUGAGAUUUUGGAUGUUGAUCAUUCACGAAAGCAUGUAUUGAUUCGAUUGAAGAAUGAUAUGAGUGAUAUUUUCUCGACAAAAGGGUCACAACAAAAUUCAACAACACACAACAAAGAUCAAGAACAGCAUCAACACGAGACAAUAUUACUGAUGGGUAAAAUUGACCAUUCAAAUCAUGCAUUUUUAUUUAAUGUCACAGAGAUGGCAAAAAGGAUCCAUGAUGAGAAAAAAUCACAUUUCAGAAAAAUUGAAAAUAUUUAUGAAUUGUGUAUUCCACCAACUUUAAAAAAAAGAUGUUGCAGAGUGGACAAAGAUGGAAAAAAGGAAAUGCAAGAUUCAGUCACAAAAGUUGGAAUCCGAAGAGUUUUAAUUGGAUGCUUCUUCUCAAGCUUGACCACAAAAAAGAUCCAUAUUUAUGGCACAGCAAGGGGAAAGAAAGACAACAUCUAUGGAUAUUAUGACCAUCUCAGUCCAACGUUUAUUUGUACACCAAACUAUGAUAUGCUUCGUGGUAUGUUUAUUAGCGCUUCAGGUAGAAAUGGACAAAGAUAUUCUGGCGUUAUUGAUUGUGGAUAUUACAAUAUUGAGUUAAAAAGUUGGAAUUUUGCAUUACUCAAUUUGGACGUACUUGGAUCAUUUACGAGUAAUUUUAUGCAUGACAUUAUGUGCUGA